AUGGAGGUUGAGGACAAUAAGAAAAAAGAAUCUAAAAAUAUAUCUGAAAAUGAUGAUAGAAAAAGAUUACACAAAAAUGAAGAAAUGAAAAGAUAUUCAAAAGAAAAGAGAAGUUCUUCUAAAGCAAAAAGAAGCCGAUCAAAUUCUCAUAGAAUAAAACGUAAUUCAUCAGAUAAUUAUUCAAAAGGAAAAUACAUAAAAAAAAAGAGAAGAAAAGAUAAAAGUUCAGUAAGCAGUUCUGGUUCUUCAGCAUUAUCGUCUGAGAAUUCCACUGAUAACUAUAGUUCUGAUGAAUAUAGAAGAAAAAAAAGAAAAAAAAAAAGGGAAAGGAGAUAUGAAAAAAGUGAAAGAAGUGAAAAGAGAAAAAAAAAAAAAAAAUCUAGUAAAUUAAAUCCCAAUUUAUCUACAUCUCAUGAACGAUCAAGAUCUAGAGAGAGAAAAAGAAGAAAAUUACAAGCAGAAUGUAUUAAAAGGGCAGGUGGAUUUAAAAAAUUAGCUGAUAUGGAAGGACAUGAGACAACUAAUGUUUUUUGGGAUGGUUUUCAAUGGGUAGCUAAAACGAAUCAAUCGAAUUUAUUUCACUUAGAUCCAGCUGUAAUGAAUUCCACAAGAAAAUUGAGAAGAUUGUAUUUUGGAAAUUUGCCAUUACAUUUAGGAUUAAGUGAAAAUGCCUUUCAAGAAAUUGUAUGGAAUGAAAUGAAGAAAAGAAAAUAUUGUAAUGAUGAAAAUAUUAAUCCUGUUUUAUAUGUUUGGUUUGCUAAAGAUAAAGGUAAUUAUGGAUUUGUUGAAUUUGCUACAGUUGAAGAAACGGAAAGAGCUCUUACUAUGGAUGGGAUGCUUUGUAAAGGUGUUGCAUUAAAAGUUUCUAGACCAAAUGAUUAUUCUACAAAUACUGUUAAACAAAAUCAAAAUUUAUUACUUCAAAAUAUUAAUAAGCAAAAUAAUAAUUUAUUAAAUAUUAUGAAUUCAAGUAACUUAAACAACCCAUAUUGUAAACCACCUCCUCCACCGGGUGCUCCACCUUUAUCUGUUCUCAAAGAGACAUCAGAAAGUAACGUAGUAGAUCACUCCAAUUUGUCUACCAAAUAUUUAAGGGUCUUAGAAAUUGUUUCAAAAGAAUCAAUUAAUGAAGAAGAUUAUUCUGUAAUUUUAGAAGAUAUAAAAGAUGGAUUUCACAGUCAAGGUAUAAUUAUUAACGCCAUUUUAAUUACACAUAAGUACGCACAGAACACACCUUUUGAUAUUGGAGACGUUAUAAUAGAAUUUGAAAAUCCUGCUUCAGUCGAUAAUAGUAUCAUCAAUAUGUCAAAUAGAAAGUAUGAAGGAAGGGUCAUCAAAAUGGAAAAAUGUGAUGAACAUACAUACAAUACAUAUGUAAAACCCAUUAUCAAAGAUUUGUACGAGCAAAAAUUAUAA